GUUGGUCCUAGCAGUGUCGGGCUGCAUUGAGGCCACGCCCCCGCUCCCCGACAGGGCCUGGUUUGGUUGUGUUGCCGCCGGGAAAGGAGACGCUGCCCUUCCGCAGCGAUGGGAUCCUGGCUCUGUGGAAGGACCUUCUGUUAUGUGUGCCCCUGCCUUGCUGGCAUGUGGGUGGUGCCCAGGACCCGGCCAGAGACCAGUUGAAGACCUCGGAAGCUCUUACCCCAAGAGUUCCCGCCUCGGGUGCUUGGUCUGCCAUGGCGUUCCGUCGUACUGAGGGUAUGUCCAUGAUCCAGGCUCUAGCCAUGACUGUGGCUGAGAUACCCGUGUUCCUGUACACGACAUUUGGUCAGUCUGCAUUCUCCCAGCUGCGGUUGACACCAGGCCUGAGGAAGGUUCUUUUUGCCACAGCCCUUGGGACUGUGGCCUUGGCCCUGGCUGCCCACCAGCUGAAGAGGCGCCGGCGGAAGAAGAAGCAGGUGGGCCCUGAGCUGGGAGGUGAGCAGCUGGGUCCAGUACCCCUGCCCAUCCUCAUGGCCCGCAAGGUCCCUUCAGUGAAGAAAGGCUACUCCAGCCGGAGGGUUCAGAGCCCCAGCAGCAAGAGCAACGACACUCUCAGCGGCAUCUCCUCCAUCGAGCCCAGCAAACACUCAGGCUCCUCCCACAGCCUGGCCUCGAUGGUAGUGGUCAAUUCAUCCAGCCCCACAGCUGCGUGCUCAGGUUCAUGGGAAACCAGGGGGAUGGAGGAGUCUGUGCCCACCACCGAUGGCAGUGCUGAGAGCCUCUAUGUACAAGGCAUGGAGCUCUUUGAGGAGGCCCUACAGAAAUGGGAGCAGGCCCUGAGUGUAGGGCAGAGAGGGGAUGGAGGCAGCACCCCCACACCAGGGGACAGCUUCCAGAACCUAGACACCUCGUCAGAGGCACCGUCAGAGCCAGAGUCGCAACGGAGGGAGUUUGCCGAGAAGCUGGAGUCCCUGUUGCACCGGGCCUAUCACCUGCAGGAAGAAUUUGGUUCCACCUUCCCCUCUGACAGCAUGCUGCUGGAUCUCGAGAGGACCCUCAUGCUGCCCCUGACCGAGGGCUCACUGCGUCUACGGGCCGAUGACGAGGACAGCCUGACCUCGGAAGACUCCUUUUUCUCAGCCACUGAGCUCUUUGAGUCCCUGCAGGUCGGAGAUUACCCACUCCCUCUCUCCAGGCCUGCUGCUGCCUACGAGGAAGCUCUGCAGCUAGUGAAGGAGGGCAAAGUGCCCUGCCGGACACUCAGGACAGAGCUGCUGGGCUGCUACAGUGACCAGGACUUCCUGGCCAAGUUGCAUUGUGUACGGCAGGCCUUUGAGGGGCUUCUGGAAGAAAGGGACAACCAGGUCUUCUUUGGGGAGGUCGGCCGGCAGAUGGUGACAGGCCUGAUGACCAGAGCUGAGAAGAGUCCCAAAGGUUUCCUGGAGAGCUAUGAGGAGAUGCUGAGCUACGCCCUGCGGCCUGAGACCUGGGCCACCACCCGGCUGGAGCUGGAGGGCCGAGGGGUGGCAUGCAUGAGCUUCUUUGACAUUGUGCUGGACUUCAUCCUCAUGGAUGCUUUCGAGGACUUGGAGAACCCCCCAUCUUCAGUGCUCGCUGUCCUGCGGAACCGCUGGCUGUCCGACAGCUUCAAGGAAACGGCCCUGGCCACUGCGUGCUGGUCUGUCCUGAAAGCCAAGAGGAGGCUCCUGAUGGUGCCUGAUGGCUUCAUCUCCCAUUUCUACUCCGUAUCGGAGCAUGUCAGUCCUGUGCUGGCAUUUGGCUUCCUCGGACCCAAACCCCAGCUCGCGGAAGUCUGUGCUUUCUUCAAGCACCAGAUUGUGCAGUACCUGAGGGAUAUGUUCGACCUGGACAACGUACGCUACACAUCGGUGCCGGCCCUAGCAGACGAUAUCCUGCAGUUAUCCCGGCGCCGCAGCGAGAUCCUGUUGGGCUACCUGGGGGCGCCAGUGGCUAGUAGCACUGGGCUGAAUGGGCCAGUACCUCGAGAGAAUGGGCCCCUGGAAGAGCUGCAGUAAUGGGGACACAGCCUGAGGGGAGAGGUGGCUGCUUGAGCCUCAUUCACAAGGGUGAUGGGAGAGAAAAGGCUGCCCUUCCCUUCCUUCGGGUUGGCAUCCAAGGGUCAGGGUGGCCAAGGGCCAUUGUCCCUGAGCCUGCUAUGCCUGCUCAUCUGGGAAUCCCAACACCUGGAGGACAAAUUUCCAUGGAGAGGAACCACUAGGAGCCCAUCCAGAUGCCCUCGGGGUUGCCUGGGCAGCAGGGGCAGCAAGGUGUGACAAGGGGAAGACCUGAGAAGAAGGUGUAGAGAUAUGGACCACAGAGCCCCAGUCCCCUCUGGGCUGCAGACAGAGGGCAAGGAGGUGUCGGUGAGGGAUAAGACAUGAGGGCUUUAUGGUGACGGUCACAGGGUCCUGGAGUAGGAGCCAGCACCAAGGCUUCUGGUCGGUAUGGAAAGCCCCAUCUGAGGUGAGCUCGCCCCACCCGUGCUCCCUUCAGAAACCCAGGCACCAACCCAGGACCCUGUCCCACAUUCCCAUGCCCUGCCAAAGACUCAGUUUUUAUCCCACUUCUGCCACCACCAAAGAUGGAGAAGGUGGGACUGGGCACAUCCCACUCCUGUGAGCCUGGAACUCCCUGGGCAGUGCUAGGCUCCAGCUGAGGGCUCUAAGCAGAGCUCACAAAGGCUUACCAUCUGCUGCUCUAGAAGUGAGGGCCUGGGAACCAUGGCAGGGAGGGCAGGGUCAGACCCCCCUCCCCAACAAGAAGCGGACUCAGCAUUUUGCCUUUAACUCCAUGCACACGGACUUUGGGGCUGCCCAGCAGCAUAGCGCCCACCUCAGGGCUGCUGCCACCCAGGGCCCUGCAGACAGCUCUGCAAGCAUUGUCAUGGCAGCUGCAGGGGUUCUGGGAGCCCUCUCCUUUAUCCCGAGCUGGGAAGUUUUUAUUUAUUGCCUUAACACUUUAUUUGGGUGUUCUGCUCCUUUCAGGUUGUGAGACCUACAGGAGAUGAGACUCCUGUCUGGUCUGGGGUUGUGCAUGGGCUCCUGGGACCCAGUCCCUCCCAGGGUCGGGAGGACAUAGUGAGGAGAGGGUGGAAGGGUGACCGAGGCCCUGUGCUCAGGAGCAGCCCUCCCUCCGCACUCAGUCUGACAUUCCUUUCAUUUGCACUUACUGAGCUGUGAGUGAGCCCUGGCACAGGCCCACCCUUAUUGCCCCUGAACCUCACAGCGGUGGCAUUUUCAUCUGUCCUUGUUCACGUGUCCCGUACUGCCCUCUAGCACUCGAUCUGUCAACUUCUAAACCCCAUGAAGAGCGUGUGCAAUGACUGUGCAUCAGAUAAACGACGGAAACAGG